AUGUGUUUCAACGAUGACCAAUUUAAAAAACUUAUUGAAGAUUCCGAACCAAGAGCAAAUCAAGAGACCAUUCAAAUCGAAAACUUAACAAAUAAUAAUAUUGGACGAAAAGACGAUGAACAACUUUGUUCCACUGAAUUAGAUUUCGAACCAGGAGCAAAUCCAGAUACCAUUCAAGUCCAAAAAUUAACAACAGAUGACAAUAUUGGACAAAAACACGAUGAACAAUUUUAUUCCACUGAAUUAGACUCCGAAUUAAGAGCAAAUCAAGAGAUCAUUCAAGUCGAAAAGUUAACAACAUAUAACAAUAUUGGACAAAAACACGAUGAACAACUUUGUUCCACUGAAAUAGAUUCCGAACCAAGAGCAAAUCCAGAGACCAUUCAAAUCGAAAACUUAACAGAUAAUAAUAUUGGACGAAAAGACGAUGAACAACUUUGUUCCACUGAAUUAGAUUCCGAAACAAGAGCAAAUCAAGAGAUCAUUCAAGUUGAAAAAUUAACAACAGAUAACAAUAUUGGACAAAAACAAGAUGAACAACUUUGUUCCACUGAAAUAGAUUCCGAACCAAGAGCAAAUCCAGAGACCAUUCAAAUCGAAAACUUAACAGAUAAUAAUAUUGGACGAAAAGACGAUGAACAACUUUGUUCCACUGAAUUAGAUUCCGAAACAAGAGCAAAUCAAGAGAUCAUUCAAGUUGAAAAAUUAACAACAGAUAACAAUAUUAGACAAAAACAUGAACAACCUUGUUCCACUAAAUUAGAUUCCGAACCAAUAGCAACUAAAGAGCAAAAUAAAGAAAAUAUGCCCCCAUUGAUUUAUUUGAAAAAAAAAAUCGAAGUAAACAACCCAUUUUUAAGCAACUCACUCAUUUUUGAAAUCAGACAUUGUACUAAAUGGUCGAAAACCGGCGCAUUGACCCUAAAAGAGUCGACUCAUGAGGAUUUUGUGAACAUUAAACAGUUGAUGACUGACCUGGGACCAAAUUUCAAUAUAAAUUCAGAUGAAAAGCAGAUACCAAUUAACGAUUUUAAAGUUGUCAAAAUCGAGGAGAAAUCAUUCAAGUUUUUUUAUAAAACUUCUUUUACUCAACUAGACUUCAAAGCAGUGGAUAUUCUUAAACGGCCACGUGCCAAUGCUAAAAGCAAUCAACAGCUCACAACUAGCCAUUCACAGUUGCCGACUUUAAAAAAGGUUUACAGUUCUAAACGACAGUUAAAUGAAAAUAAAAGAGAUUUUCAGUUUUUGUUAAAAAAAGGGUAUAUUCCAAAUUAUUACCAGAUGUUUUACGAUUCAAUAUGUUAA